AUGACAUUAAGAGUAAGGCCACGCGUCUUGUAUUGGAGCCUAUUCAGCUGGAUGGCAAUCACCGGUGGGCGAUUCCUUGCUCCCUUUCUUGAACACGAAUCCGAAAUGACUGAUUCCAACAUCGGCUUCAUUCUGGGGAUCCAGUAUGCGAUUCUCAGUGUCCUAGCACCUUAUUACGGUAAGUAUGCAGAUGCUCAGGAACGGAAGUAUCCGAAUUAUGGAAGGGGGAAAGUGUUGGCGGUUGGGAUAAUCUUCGGAACCAUCUCCUUUCUGAUGCAUGGAAUCAAUGCUUUUUGGGAUCUGCCGAUCUUCGAAUCUUUAUAUUUUCAUUACGCUGUGCAGGUUCUAUAUGCUCUGAACUUUGCCAUCAUAAUUCCUGUGGUUGACGGCAUGACACUAGACUUCUUGCAGAAAGAACAGGGCGGAUCCUUGGACUACGGAAAGGAACGACUUCAUGGUGCUAUUGGUUGGGGAGUCACAAACAUGUUAUUAGGUCCUCUGAUUGACAAAUUUGGAUUUCCAGUAUACUAUCCAUGCUGUAUAGUCAGUGCAAUUUAUUGUAUUGGCAGUAUCUUUAUUUACUCGAAUGCCCAAGCACAAGCACAAGCACAAACCCUCAAGCAGAAAAACGACACUGAAUGCUCCGAUUCUAACGUUCCUCCACGAGCAUCUUACCUGCAGACCGAUUCUCUCACGGAACCCAACACUGGUGCAAUUCCUUCGAGUCUUAGCUUACUCUUGGGAGUCAUAAGUUCAUCAUAUGGGGCUGCAUUUGUUUUCUGUUACUUUUUCAUGACCCUGGGAUUUUCGGUGGUCGAAAACCUUGUGUUUCUUUUCUUUGAAUUCUUGGGUGGUUCCAACACGAUCUGUUCCAUCACUGUUGUCUUGACUGUGAUAUUCGAGGUUCCCAUAUUUCAGAUUGCACCUAAUCUCUUGCGGAAACAUGGAGUUGGAUGGGUGCUUUUGUUGGCAUGCAUCACGUUCUGGAUUCGCAUUGUUUGUUAUACAUUGAUUCCAGAAGGAUCGACGUGGAUGCUCUUGUUGAUAGAACCCCUACACGGCUUCACUUAUGCGGGAUCUCAAGUCGCAGCCGUGGAAUACGUGAACCGAAACAUGCCAUCAGGUUCAGAGGCUAGUGGUCAGGGGAUUGUCAAUCUCAUCCGUGGUAGUGCCAAUGUAAUUGGUCUUUGGUUAGGAGGAUUCUUACAGGAUGUCUUUGGACCUCGAGUAAUGUAUCGGGUGUUUGUGGCGGCCGUGACGGUCGGUAUAUCUGUAUUUGCAACAGUACGAUCAACCCAUCGACAACAAGAAGAGGGAUACCGCAUUGUUGCGGAGGUGAUUGAAAGUGCUUAA